CUGACUCGACCUAAAGAGAUUGGAUAUCAACAGUGAAUAAAACUUGGCGAAUGGCUUGCCUAACACGCCUCUUGCGCUUGCCACGCCCCACAUUACUCAUUAGGCGGGGUUUUAUGAGCAUUAAGAAAUUGGAAGAUGCCAUUAAUGUCGAUUUGAUCGGUCAGGAACUGAGGGUGUCAGGAUGGAUUCAAGCCACUCGGAAACUGAAGGUGCAGUUUUUUUUGGAUCUGGACGACGGUCUCAAGGCCGGAGGCCAGCGAUUACAAGUCGUCUUAAAAACCGAGGACCUCAGUGAGACUCUCUUGAGGCAGUUGAGGUUCCAUAGUGCGGUUUGUGUGGAGGGAACGCUUUUGAAAUCGACUCAUCCCGCCCAAGAAGUUGAAUUGGAGGCCAAGCACAUCCAUGUCUUAAGUGAAUGUUCCAAUGAUUCGAAAUAUCCACUACAGCCCAAGAGAAAACGCUUGGCCAACCUCGAACGAGGCUAUCCUCAUUUCCGGUGUAAGACGAAAGAUUUUUCGGCUCUUAUGAGGAUAAGGAACGGCCUCUCUCAAGGGAUUCACGGUUUCCUCCAAGAGAAUCAGUUCAUUCAGGUGCAAACACCCAUUUUAACGUCCAAUGAUUGUGAAGGCGCUGGAGAAGUGUUCCAAGUCCAACCUGUGCGGAAAUUUUAUGAUGAGCAGGAGAUGGAGGUGCCUUAUUUCUUCCAAGAUACUUUCUUAACAGUCUCUGGACAACUUCAUUUAGAGGCUAUUUGUAACGGCAUCGCACGCGUCUACAACUUCAGCCCGGUUUUUAGGGCGGAGCGAGGCCGAUCUCGACGACAUUUGACCGAGUUCUCCAUGAUUGAAGGCGAAGUGGCCUUUGUCGAUGAUAUCGGGGAGAUCAUGAAUCUCAUUGAAAACAUGAUGAAGUACUCAAUUUCGCACGUGUUGAAACACAAUGAACGGGAUAUCCAGUUAUACACUAAAACUACCCGAGAGACGAAUUGGGACAACGUGCUACUGGCCUCCAAUCACAAAUUUCUUGUCAUGACCUAUGAUGAGGCUUUUGAAGUGCUUCGAAAGAAUGAAGCCAAGCUCAAGAGCCCACCCAUCUACGGCAAGUCUCUAGUUGUUGAACACGAGCGUUUCAUUGUCGAACACCAUUGCAACCAUGUACCUGUGUUCAUCACUCAAUGGCCCAAAGACUCCAAGGCGUUCUACUCCCGAAUUCGGACUGAUAAUCCGGAUUAUGUGGAUGCUGUGGACCUUUUGCUCCCGGGGAUUGGAGAGCUUUGCGGAGGAAGUCUCAGAGAGCAUCGGCAUGACGUUCUUCAAAAUCGGAUAGCAGAGCUUGGGAGUAGUGAGAGUGAAGCCGCAUUGAAAUGGUACUUGGCUAUGAGAAGAUAUGGAUCUGCACCAACUGGAGGAUUUGGUCUGGGAUUCGAAAGAUGGGUUCAGUUCCUUUUAGGAGUGCAAAAUAUCAAAGAUACUCUCCCGUUUCCAAGAUCACCACACUAUUCUUUGUUAUAGUCUUAAUAAAAUGUUUUAGUGAUGGCA